AUGGCGUCUCGAUCGAUUGUUCCUCGGCAAACCAUGGGUGAUGUUGUUGUUAUGAAAGAUGAUGAUAACAAGAAUGUUAGGAAAAGGAGAACCCGUCAAGUUCUUGAAGAUAUAGGCAAUGUUGUUCGAAGAAAUCACCCAAAGAACGACAAGGCUAAUUUUCCUCGUACAUUCUCUCAACAUGCCCCACUCGUCCAGCUUGUGGUGAAGAGAGUCGAGGUACCAAAGCCAAAGAAAAGAGCUGAGAAACCUAAGAAUGUUGAGGUUAUCGAGAUAAGCUCAGACAGUGAUGAAGAACAUGUCUUAGUUGCUGUCCAUGAGAAGAUAUUCCCUGCCGCUAAGAAGAAAACAUCUAUCUUUUACAUACAUGUUCUUACCGCGAGAAGCAAGACUGUUUGCUGUUUUGAGAAGAAACAGAAAGAAAAGAUUUUUGAUAUCGACUCUGCUGAUGCUAAGGAUGACCUUGCAGCUGUUGGCUGA